ACACCAGGGAGGAAACUCCAAAUCAGGCUGAUUACUUGAUGUGCUGCCGGGAGAGCAGCAUUCCUCGAUGCACCCUGGAUUCAUGUUUUGGUAUUAAUGGCAUGUGAAGUGAAGAGAAUAAGUGAGUUUUCUGACAAACAGACGGAUACGAAGCAGAGCAGCGAUGGCCGUCGAAAACGUGAGUGUGGUCUUCAAGCUGUACUGCCUGACGGUGAUGACACUGGUGGCAGCGACGUACACAGUGGCACUACGGUACACGAGGACCAUCUCAUCAGGAGACUUGUACUUCUCCACUACUGCAGUGUGCAUCACGGAGGUCAUUAAAUUAAUACUAAGUUUGGGGAUGCUGGCAAAAGAAACGGGAAGCCUCAGCAGACUCAAGAACGCCAUAGAGGAACACGUCUUCUUCAGCCCCAGAGAACUGCUGAAGCUAAGCGUACCCUCAGUAGUGUAUGCCAUUCAGAAUAACAUGGCCUUCAUCGCCCUGAGCAACCUCGAUGCAGCAGUUUAUCAGGUGACCUAUCAGCUGAAGAUCCCAUGCACGGCCUUGUGUACAGUCCUCAUGCUGAACCGCUCUCUCAGCUGGCUGCAGUGGUUCUCUGUCUUCAUGCUCUGUGGAGGCGUCACACUCGUCCAGUGGAAGCCCGUUGAAGCCACUAAAGUUCAGAUUGCGCAGAAUCCCUUUCUUGGGUUUGUUGCCAUCGCUAUUGCUGUCCUUUGCUCUGGAUUUGCAGGUGUGUACUUUGAGAAGGUGUUGAAGAGCUCAGACACGUCUCUGUGGGUAAGAAACAUUCAGAUGUACCUGUCCGGCAUUGUGGUCACCCUGAUUGGUGUUUACUUGAACGAUGGAGACAACGUCCUGGAGAAAGGCUUCUUUUUCGGUUACACACCCUGGGUGUGCUUUGUUGUAUUCCUGGCCAGUGUAGGCGGUCUGUACACAUCGGUGGUGGUGAAAUAUACAGACAAUAUUAUGAAGGGCUUCUCUGCUGCAGCUGCUAUUGUUCUUUCAACAGUGGCGUCUGUCAUCUUGUUUGGACUAAAGAUAACGAUCACAUUUUCCUCUGGAGCCCUCCUCGUGUGCAUUUCAAUCUACCUGUAUGGACUUCCAAAGCAAGACACAUCUAAAGUGGUCCGAGAAGACACAGACAGGGAAUCCAAACAGAAACUGAUCACUGUGUGAGUCUCUGACUUGCAGCAGUGGAGUCUUUGCGCUGGAGGGCCAGGUGUGAUUUGGGGUCGUGUUUUCUGACAAGUAAACGAGUUCAUGCACUGUGGAAGUAUUCGGGAGCAACUCCUGCCGUUUUACAGAAGAACACUAAGUUUGUUGGGCUCUGUGUUCCCUUCAUGAAUGAAUGACAGCUUCAGUUCCACUUUAAAGGUGGAGUACACGAUUCUAGUCAAAUACACUUCAGUGAAUAUCUUAUCCAAUCCUUAAGUGUAUGCAUUGAAAUGAACUUGAUUCCUACACAGACCUGGCUCUAUAGGUGGGAAACAAAUAAAAGUGGCUUUGACUGAUCCACACUACAUAUUUCUAGCAUUUCCUGUGCAUCUUCCCACUUGUACACCUUCAUACUCAGCCCCUGAAAAGGGAAGGGGAGGAGAGAUGGUGCAUCUGGCACAUGCUAUUUAAAUAUGUAAUCUAAAUAUCAAGAUUCUUUUUCCAGAAUCGCAGACUCCACCUUUAAUGUGGGCUCGCUCCUGCUUCCACCCACGUAAGACUGGUGACAGUACUAUGAACUUCCAGAUAAUUUGAAGAAGUCUUGAUGGUUUUAAAGCCAGAUUCAAACAAUCAUUCAGUUGACAUGACAAACCAUUUCUUUCCAACUGGCCGUUUUAGCUAGUUGCUUGUGAAGUCUGUAAAUAAGCUGAAGCAAUUGAAGGAGGCCUGGAAUUGAACUUCAGCCAUGCUGGAGCAAUAAGUAACAGGACUUUGUUACUCUUACUUCAAAGCCUCUGUAUAUCCGUCAUAGGGGGCGUGUAAUUACCACAACUCCUUAUCAUGGAGUUUUAUUUUGUUUGGUUUUUUUUCAAUCAGUAACUUUUUUUUUUUUUUAAACGGUGAAAUGUGUCUUUGGUCCAAAUCACAUAGUGCUAUUUCUGAAUGUGCCCAAUUCACAGGAGGAGACACUUGAAAGAAUGACUGCAUGUGGGAGUAUAUGUUAUUAUCUCUCCAGUGUCUUGUAUAUUUUGUAUCAGUUCUAUGUUGCAUUGUGUUUUAAACACUAUUUUGAAGCUUUUAUUAAAACUGAGAAGAACUAUGGAAAAAAAAAA